AUGCAGCUACACCCAAAGGAUCAGGAGACCAUCAACGGCAAUGCCCUUCGUUUUCUUACAUGGGUCACCCAACUCCUCUACCAGCCUUUGCCAGAUGUUUUCCAGCAGCCAAACACGAAGCCGAGGUUAGGAUCAGGGCAAUGUGCGCUGCAGCCCCUGCUCAAAAAAGAUGUACAGGCGUGGCUGCAGGAACUUGCGAAGGAACUAGCACAGGAGUACACAGGAGCCGCGGUGAAGGUGAUUCCCGAGACGCAAGCGAUGGACCGAGAUCCGGCGAACGAGGGCGUUGGGGCUGCGAUGGGCAUGCCGAUGACGAUGCUCCAGGAUGAUGACCACUCUGCUGCACAUUCCGUGAGCACGAAGCGCAGACGGCGGGUCGCAGGUGGCGUGGACCUCUUCGCAGAUUUGGCCAUCCACGAUCUGAACCUGGAGGGUGUGGCUGAAGUCCGCAGCAUGAUUCGGACGCAGCAAGAGAAGAAGGCCCAGCAGCGCGUAAAUGACUUCAUCGAGUUCGCAGCACAGGGAAAGUGGGAGAUGAUGGAGACCAUGCUCAAGGCGAACAAGGUCACAGUCGAUUCAGGGAACUGGGACGGUCGCACUGCUCUUCACGUUGCAGUAUGCGAAGGCCACCUGCGCAUCGUCGAAAGGCUGGUGUCCGAGUGGAACGCGUCCUUGAUGGCGGAGGAUCGGUUCGGGAACACUCCGUUGAACGACGCCGUUCGAGAGCGGCGCUCGGAGGUGGCCGAGUUCCUUAUCGAGGCCAAUGCAGAAUUCGAAGGGGGCGUGUCUGCCGCAGUGCAGCUCUGUGAGGCUGCAGCCCAAGGUGACACGCGCCAGCUGGAGCUGUUGGUUGAGGUCAUUGGGGUCGAUCCCAACCUGGGUGACUACGACCUUCGCACAGCUUUGCAUCUGGCUGCGUCCAACGGCCAUCUGGAGACGAUCACGAAGAUGUUGGACUUCCCAUUCUUGGAUCUGAGUCCGCUAGACCGGUUCGGGCAGACGCCUUUGGACGAUGCCAUCCGCCACGAGCACGUGGCCGUGCAGAAGCUGCUCAAAAGCGAGGGCGCGCAGAUGGGCAACGUCGAGUUCGGGGUCGCCCUCUGCGAGGCAGCUGCCGAGAACGAUCACGGAAAGCUUCGGCAGAUGAUCGAUGCCGGUGUCAGGGCUGGCAUGGCGGACUACGACUACCGCACUGCUCUCCAUCUGGCCUCGUCCAACGGCAAUCUGGAGACAUGUGCCUUCCUGCUGCGCGAGGGCAAGGUGGAUCCCAAUCCUUUAGACCGAUUUCUUCAUACUCCCCUGGAUGAUGCAAUCCGGCAUGGACACAAGGAUGUGGCGGAGCUGCUGAUGAAGUUUAAGGGAAGGCCCUCCACCGAUGACGAGUACCUCAGCACGGUCCGCGAUGAGUUCUUGAAGCAGAUGGAGGAGGAAAAGGCGCGCAAAGACACAGACAAGCUUGACAAGGAGCUGAAGACGCACAAGUUCUCCGAGGUUUUGGAACGAUUGGCACGGCUCCGCUCUGAUCUCGAGGACGAUGUGUACCAGUUCAUGACCUCCGCGUCCAACAUCCGCUACGAGCUUUGCCGUAUCCUCCACAUGAGCAUGUUCCUGCACGAUGAGUCGAGCCGUACCAGGGCUGGUUGGGACAAGUUGACGCAAUCGCUUGAUGAUCACAGCCUUACGACGCAGAAGCUGGCGGAUCUUUUAGAAAGAGACCUUCGCCA